CUUUAGUAACGACCCAGAUUUUGUUUUCCAAUAAGUAUUACGCAUUUACUACUGCCAAAUCAUGAACACACUCUGUCGUUUCCGAAACUUGGGGCUAUCAAGACCAUUUGAUAUUAUAAAAACUUAUUCAUCUGCCGCCAAGAAAGCUGGGGAGGGAGUUCCUUAUCAAACCGUUUUGAAGGAUGGCUCAAUCUCUGAGCAGAUACUGCCAACUGAGGCAGAUGUGGUAGUAUUGGGUGGUGGUAGCAUUGGUUGUAAUACAUUGUACCACCUAACAAAACUUGGUGUCAAGAAUGCUGUUUUACUGGAAAGAAACCACCUCACAAGUGGCACAACAUGGCACACAGCUGGCUUAGUUUGGAGAUUGUGGCCAUCAGAUGUUGAUGUCCGUCUCCUUGCUUACACUCACCAGCUUUUGCAAAGUUUAGAAGAAGAAACUGGAGUUGAUCCAGGAUAUAUUGUGAAUGGUGGAUUAUUUGUGGCCUCAUCUAAAGAACGACUCGACGAGUAUAAGCGCCUUCAGACGCUUGGCAAAGCCUUUGGGAUCGAAUCGUUUGUUCUCGGGCCCGAUGAAACGAAAAAACUCUACCCUCUUAUGAACGUCGACGAUGUCUAUGGAACACUGUAUAGCCCUCGAGAUGGUGUUGUUGAUCCGGCCGGGUUUUGCACGGCCCUCACUCGUGCUGCCACGCGAGCAGGUGCCAAAGUUAUCGAAAAUUGUACGGUGACGGGAAUCGACACAGAUACUACCUUAUUUGGUAGCCGUCAAGUUUCUGCCGUUCACACCGAUAAGGGAACCAUUAAAACAAGAUACGUAGUGAACUGCACAGGAGCUUGGGCGCCAUAUAUUGGUGCCAUGGUUGACGUGGCUGUUCCACUAGUUGUUACAAAGCACGCCUAUGUGGUUACUGAAAAAAUCGAAGGCAUUUCUGGCAUGCCGAAUGUAAGAGACCAUGAUUCGUCCAUUUAUUUCAAAUUGCAAGGAGAUGCGUUGUCUGUUGGGGGAUACGAAAGUGACCCAAUCUUUAUUGACAAAAUAUCGAAGGAGGAGGCGUUCAGUCUUUAUGAACUGGACUGGGACGUUUUUGGUGUUCAUAUCGAUAGAGCGGUCAAUAGAUGUCCUACAUUGGCAACAACGGGUAUUCGUUCGACAGUUUGUGGGCCUGAGAGCUUCACUCCAGAUCACAAACCUCUAAUGGGUGAGGAACCAACACUGAGAGGAUUUUACCAUGGGUGUGGCUUUAAUUCAGCUGGCAUGAUGUUUGGUGGAGGAUGUGGCUGGCAGCUGGCCAAAUGGAUAGUGCAAGGUCGUCCAGAUUUCGAUAUGUUUAGCUAUGAUAUUAGACGCUUCGCACCGGAUUUAGCGUGGAACGCUGAUUGGGUUCGCCAACGCUCUCAUGAAGCCUAUGCGAAAAACUAUUCUAUUGUUUACCCACAUGAUGAACCACUAGCUUCCCGAAAAAUGAAAAGAUCACCAAUCGCUCUCCUGCUUGAGAAAGCAGGGUGUGUCUUUCAGGAAAGACACGGCUGGGAACGGCCCGGAUGGUUCUCAUCUUCAGGACUUGCUGCAGUCCAACCAUACGAUUGGUAUGGCGCAUACGGGAAUCUAAAAAAUGCAGAUCAGGCCUACGUAGAGCGCUUAAAAGAGGACUACACGUUUGGAUUCCCAAAGAAUCAUUCCACAAUAGAAGGCGAAUGCAAGGCUGCUCGUGAAAGAGUGGCUAUCUUCGAUAUGUCCUACUUCGGCAAUUAUUAUCUUAUCGGCCUAGAUGCCCAAAAGGCAGCUGAUUGGAUCUUCACUAACAACAUGCAAAAGUCUACUGGCGAAACCAGCUACACUUGCAUGCUUAAUGCUCAAGCUGGAGUUGAAUCUGAUUUGACUGUAAGUUUUAUCGAUGGCUCUUCAACUGCUUCCUGGGAACCUUCUUUUCAGGGAAAAGGUUUUUAUAUCGCAGCUGGUGGUGGGUCCGCGUACCAGUCUUUUACUCAUAUCCGAAAGGCUAUUGAAGACAACCGGUUUGAUGCGAAACUGGUUAACCUUUCUGAUAGCAUAUGUUUGUUGUCCAUUCAAGGACCAAAAAGCCGUGAAUUAAUGGGAAAAUUGAGCCCGUCAACUCGAUUUACCAAUGAAGAUUUCCCAUUUUCCACACACAAGUUAAUCGAUAUUAAAGGCAACGUUUGCCGUGCAUUGCGUAUAUCAUUUGUCGGUGAAAUGGGUUGGGAGUUGCACGUCCCGUCGUCGUCCGCUGUUGAUGUUUACAAGGCAGUGAUGGCCGCUGGGCGGGAAUUUGGCAUUGCAAAUGCAGGCUACCGAGCUAUUGACUCGUUAAGUCUAGAAAAAGGUUACCGUCACUGGCAUAUGGAUCUUCGUGCCGAAGAUGAUCCCUUGGAAGCUGGAUUAGGUUUCACGUGCAAAUUGAAAAGUACGGUAGAUUUUCUAGGUCGCAAAGCGUUGGAAGAAAAAAGACAAAAAGGAUUGAACAAAAGAAUCGCUGCGUUUGCCAUAGAAGAGAAAGUGCCACUUUGGGGUAUGGAAGCCAUCUGGAGAAAUGAUCAAGUGGUUGGAUACUUGCGACGAGCUGACUAUGGAUUCUCGGUUGGUUGCAGCAUUGGUUACGGCUAUGUUCAUAGCCAAAGCGAGAAAGAACCCAUUACCACCAAAUACCUUAUGGAAGGAGAUUAUUUUAUUGAAGCCAUGGACGUCAAGUAUAAAGCACGUAUCCAGUUGAAACCACUGUUUGAUCCAGAAAACAAGCGGGUCAACGGUUUCUACUGACAAUUAUCACACCAUUCCAGAUAGCGUUCUUUAAAAAAAAAAAGGAAAUUUCAUUGAGUCCUGGGUAAUACGAUUAGGCUAUAUUUUGUUGCUUAACAUUAAUAACACACUAGUUAUGCUAACCAUAGAUCACACAUUGAUAGAAGCUGUUUUGAAAUUAAUCCAUUUCUGCUUGAAUAAUGAAAGCAAUAUUUGAAGAAUCUCCCUCAGGUUGAUAUUCCAAAUGCCAACGUUUAGGAUUAAACAGAACUAAAA